GAUCAAGCGCUUCAGGCACGGAGGCUUCACCGAGCCCGACGAGGAGGCAAGCAUGGUGGAGGAUGUUGAGACGCUGGGGUAUGCUAACUCGAUCGAGGAAGUCUUCCUGCUCACCAUCGGCAAGGGCAUCAGCGAUGGAGGCGCUACACGGCCCGUCGUGGGCGACAAAGUCGAGUACAGCAAGAGUGAUCCACGCUUCCGAUUCGGAAAUGGCAAGACGCUGGAGGCCAAGCAAGCGGUGACACUGACGGUGUGGCCGUUUGGCGUCAAGAAGCAGAUCACGAUCCAUCUCGUCGACGGCUGGACGCCGCUACUGAUCGCGCGACCCUGUAUGGAGGAGUGGGGCUUGAUCCAGGAUUACCGAGCUGGAACGUUCAUGAUGAAGGAUCUCCCUGACAAGGGCUGGAUGGAGUCCGAGCGUGACGAGAAAGGCCAUAUAAUGAUCGACCUGUUGGGUGGAGCUGGGCGCGACGCCGAGGAUGCCAUGAACCAGGGGGCCCCCACCGACGGCGAUGACAGCAGCAGCGACUCGACGGACAAGGACACCGAAGGAGAGCCGGUCAGAGGCGAUGAUGGUGACGACGGAGACACGUCGACACCUGACCCCGACGCCUUUUACCUUGAGACGCGGACGGGGUACUACGAGAUCGGCAGCGACGACGAGACCCUGGCCACGGAGGAGGUCAUGGGCCCAGAGCGCCACCUGAUGGAUGCGGACAACUACUCGGACUUGGUCCUGGCGCUGGAGCAGGCAUCGUCCGACAUGAAGGACACGCUGCGCGGACCACGCAAGAGGCUGGUCCGGGAGGUCUUCGUGGAUCAAGGGGCUUUGUCGCAGGAGCUGAUCGAGUUCCCGCAGAUCUAA